UUGAGGCUAUACAUUUACACUUACAAGCUGGACCUGGUGUAUCGUUUGGUUAAAGUCAUGAUUUGUGGUUAGUAAUAGUUUAAUUUAGCACUGACAUUUAAUUUACAAUUUGCUAUUUAGUGAAAUGCAGCUGAGAUAUGUUUAGUCUGCAUUUUUCCCCCCUUUUUUCCUGCGUUCUGCACUGGACCAUAGCCAAAAAGUAAGGAAAACUCGUGACCAUCCGUUAACAUUAUACAAACACAUGCCUUAAACAACACCGGCAUAAUGAUACUAUACUAUUGCUGUAAACAAUUUUAUAUAAUAGCAGUCAUUUUACAAAUCAUUAUGGCAUAUGGUGUCAGCAGCCACAUAUACAAUUGGGACUACAUACGGACAGCUUGAUGAUUUCUGCAUGCACUUUGCCAUUUAUAUGCCAUAAACUUGUCGUAAGGUUCCUUUAGCUUGCUCAUUAUUUACAUUUCCAUUUGCGUUCCAAACAUGUGAGGUAAAUAGAAUAUCUAAAUGUUUCCCUCACAAACAUCAUUUUAAAGUGACAUGAUGGUGGUGUUCACACAGAAGCAUAUCUUUCAUAGAAGCAUAGCUGGACUGAGUACAUGUGCUUUAAAGGAUGGAGUGUGAACUGUAUUUAACCGCACAACUAUAGAAUUCUUAGUGGCUCUUUUGUAUAAACUGCAUGUCAAUUUUCAAAUAUGAAAACUAUAGGAAUAGAAAAUAGAAUAUGAAAACAUAAAGACUACUAUGUAUGCGAGACAGUACAUGAUGCAUUCACGUGCAUAUACACACAGUGCAUAUAAAAAGUUUAAACACAAUUAAAAAAUUGUUUUCUGUGAUGUAAAAAAAUUAAACCAAGAUAAAUCAUGUCAGAUCUUUUUCACCUUUAAUGUGAUAUAGUAGCAAACAAAAUUAGAGUGUAAAACAAACAUAAUCUGGUUGCAUACGUGUGAACACCCACAGCGCUCUUCAAUUCCAGAGGUUUUUGCUAGGAUUUAGAUCUGGGCUCUGACUGGGCUAUUCCACAAUGUUGAUCAUCUUCUGAAGCCAUUUCUUUGUUGACUUGGAUUUGUGCUUUGUGUUGUUGUCAUGCUGGAAGGUGAAAUUUUUCUUUAUCUUCAACUGUCUAACAGAGGCCUGCAGAUUUUUGUGCCAAAAUAGAUGUUUGGAGCUAUCCAUGUUUCAUAACUCCCUCUAUCUUGUCUAGAGCCCCAGUCCCAGCUGAAGAGAAGCAGCCCCAUAGCAUGAUGCUGCCAUCACCAUGCUUCAUUGUGUGUAUGGUGUUCUUCGGGCGAUGAGCUGUCUUGUUUUUUGCACAAACAUAUCUUUUAGCUUUAUGCCCAAAAAAAUCUUCCUUGGUCUCAUCAGACCAAAACACAUUUUGCCACACGGUUUAAGCUAAAUUUACGAGGGCUUGGAUGUUUUUGUAAGAAAGGCCGUCGCUCUAGCCCCCCUAUUUCACAGCCCAGAUUGUGAAGAAUAUGAGACACUGUUGAAAUGCAGGGAGUGACCAGUACUUGCCUGCAGCUUCCUUAACAUUGCCAUAGAUCUCUUGGCAGUCUCCCUUUUUGUCCGUAUUGGAGGGAUGUCCUGUUCUUGUUAAUGUCACAGUGGUUCUCUACUUGUUAAUGAUGGCCUUCACAGUGUUUUGGAAAUUCUUUUGCACCCCUCUCCUGAUUGAUACCUUUCAGCAAUGCGAUCCCAUACAUGCUUUAUGGGAGGUUUACAAGCAAGAAACAGCUGAUCAUUAUUUGGGGUUAAUCAGAAUCACUUCAGUGAUAACAGGUGUAUGAUAAUUAUUUAUGAACAUGAGGUUGAAUGUGAUUGGUUACUUCUGAGCACAGUCACAUCAUAAGUGUGCACACCCUUUAAUACAUACAGAUUCUUGUAAAUUUUUUCCCCCUAAAAACAAUUUUCCUAUUUUUUUUUUCACUUGGAUUUUGUUGGUUGCUAUAUCACAUUAAACAUCUGACAUGAUUUAUCUUGAUUUAAUUUUUUUACAUCACAAAAACCUGCAAUUUUAACAGGGGUGUGUAGACUUCCACUGGAGAUCUUAUAAGUAAUACUGCAGUAACUAAUGUGAAAAAAAGAUCAGGUAUACUUCAGCACUUAAGAUAUUUGUACAUGACAUUUAUCAAUUACCAUUUACCUUCAGGUGAAUGUUCAUUAUGUAAUGUUAAGUUGAUUAUGUAAGCAAUAUUACACAUUUUCUGCUGUACAUUUUUGUACUUUUGACUUAGAUAUAGUACAUCUCUUUAAUGAAGUAUUUUUUAGGAUGGACCAAUAUGUUGCUACUUGGCAUUAAGUGAAGCACAUCUGAUAACAUUUCACAUUACUUACUACGUACUUAUAUUUUCACUUAUAUUAAAAUUCUUAAUGUGGAAAAAGCUUAACACUGCUUAAUGUUUGAAAACAAAGACCAAAUGUUUCUAUUUAUAUUUAGCUUAUGGGGUCAUUCUUUUGUUAGUAGACAGUACGCAUAAUCAAGAAGUGUAUGAGAAUUUUUUUUUUCCUAGAUGACUGUUUUAACACAUUACAUUAACACAUUAACGUUAAGCUGUUUCCUUAUAAUGUAUUUCUACAGAGUUGAAAAUGCUUAACCCAAAAAUUAUAGUUCAUUUUUGAUUACUGUUUUGUCCUUUCGGCAGUGGAUAGUGUUUAUGACAAGGUAAGUGUGCGAGAUUUGGUGAUUUGGUGUUUUAGAACAUUCAGUAUCUGCGUUAAGAUUUUUUCAUGUUAAACAGUUUUAGAAUGUCUGCAUUCUCAAACUGUAAAUGAUAUCAUAGCUUCAAAAUUUCUGAGCAGUAAUUGCGUUGUGACACUGUGGUAGUUUUCACAUAAGAUUACUUCAUUUUUUGUAUUUCAAAACCCAACAGGCUAACAGAAAUUAGAAAAGAAGAUAACACUAUAUGGCCAUAAGUUUGUCGAUACCUGACCAUCACACCAACAUGUGCUUAUUGAACAUCCCGUUCCAGAUUUAGUCCCCCUUUGCUGUUGUAAUAACCUCCAUUCUUUUGGGAAAGCUUUCCACUAGAUUUUGGAGUAUGGCUGUGCAGAUUUGCCCAAUAAGCCACAAGAGCAUUAAUGAGGUCAGGUGCUGAUGCUGAGUGAGGAGGCCUGGGGUACAGUCAGUGUUCUAGUUCAUCCCAAAGGUGUUCAGUGGGGUUGAGGUCAGGGCUCUGUGCAGACCACUCUUCAACUCCAACCUUGACACACCAUGUCUUCAUGGCCCUUGCUGUGUGUACCGGGCAUUGUCAUGCUGGAACAUGUAUGGUCCUCUUGGUUCCAGUGAAGGGAAAUUGUAAUGCUACAGCAUACAAAGACAUCCUAUACAAAUGUGUGCUUCCAGCUUUGGGACAGCAGUUUGGUGAAGGAACACAUAUGGGUGUGAUGCUCAGGUGUCCACAAACUUUUGGCCAUAUAGUGUACAGUAUUUACACACACUACUACAUGAAGACAUCCAAAAUCUCAUGGUUUUGAGGUCUCUGAGAAGUUUCAGUCGGUUUGUGUUGAAGCUGUCCAAAAACUGAUUCAUUUUUUUGUAUAAGACUUGCCUCUUUUCCUGACACAACGUGUAAAACCCCGGAAACGACUAGCUUCUCUUGCUCAUAUUCACACGUGUCAGAGCUGUAACAAGCAGCUUCAAGUCGCUUUUCCUCUGAAACUACAAGCCUUUAAGGGCUAGUCAUGAAGAUAUUCGGUGUUCAGCUACGACUGACUUGUUAUAUGUGGAAAAUGUGCGCUAACUUUGCGCUACCGUUCUGAAAGGUGUGUUGGGUUUAUUAAUUCCUGCUGAAGAGUCUGUGGUGUAACCAGUGUAACACCAUCGGAAUGACUUACACCCAUGAACUGCUUCGCCGUUGCUGUCAUGUUUACCGCCCCCUUUUACUUCCCGGAACAACCACGACGUUUAUUCUUCUCUCUUCUGAUCAUUUCAGUAAUGUGUGCGUGUGUGUGUGUGUGUGCGCGUGUGUGCGAGCGCGCGCGCACUCUUAAGACGCUCUUCCACUUAGCUGCUUGAGCUGUGAGCGGCUCUGCAGCGCGCUCGCGCUCAUUACUCAUCUCUUCAACGCGACAAGAAGCAUCUUUCGAAAAGAAGAUAGAAGAUUACCUUAAAAAAAAUGUCUGGAAUGUUGGUUUGGCAGUGUCCAGGCCAUGCCCUCAUGCCGUACGGCCAGUACUGCCGUCUACGUUCUCCUGUGCUGUGCCAAUCGGCCAAGUCUUCAGUUACGGAUGGAUGAUGAACCACAAAAUGAACACGUGUCUUGUUUCACCCUUCAAUUACACAUCCAGUAUAACAUUUGAAUAUACUAUGCUGAGCAGCACGGAUGCUGUAAGAAUCGUCACUGAUAUUUCCAUCAUUCAACAUGUGUGAAAUUGGCAUGUUUUUUGUAAGGGAGGUCAUGUGUGAGCAAAGUACAUCACAAACAUGCCUCUAUUUUAAUUCAUUCUUCACUGGCAGUCAAAAGAACCUGCUUUGUUUACUUAAAGGAAGGAAAGCCACAAAAUAGUCUGGUUGCUAGGAGCUUUGAAUGGGUUGCUUUGGGAAGGAUGCGCUCUUGGCUUAAAAUCUUAAAAUUAAAAUGGCUUAAAAUAUGUGAAUAGGUUUACACCAAUCAGCCAUAACAUUAAAACCACCUGCCUAACAUUGUGUAGGUCUACUUUUGCCACCAAAACAGCUCUGACCUGUCGAGGCAUGGACUCCACAAGACCUCUGAAGGUGUGCUGUGGUAUCUGGCACCAAGACGUUAGCAGCAGAUCCUUUAAGUUCUGUAAGUUGCGAGGUGAGACCUCCAUGGAUCGGACUUGUUUGUCCAGCACAUCCCAAAGAUGCUUGAUCGGCUUGAGAUCUGGACAAUCUGGAGGCCAAGUAAACACCUUGAUGUCAUUUUCCUCAGACCAUUCCUGAACAAUUGUUGCAGUGGGGCAGGGUGCAUUAUCCUACUGAAAGAAGCCACUGCCAUUAGGGAAUACCGUUGCCAUGAAGGGGUGUACUUGGUCUGCAACAAUGUGUAGGUAGAUGAUGUGUGCCAAAGUAGCAUCCACAUCCAGGACACAAGGUUUCCCAGCAGAACAUUGCCCAGAGCAUCACACUGCCUCCACCGGCUUGCCCUCUUCCCAUAGUGCAUCCUGUCGCCAUCUCUUCCCCAGGUAAGUGAUGCACACACACCUGGCUGCUCACAUGAUGUAAUAGAAAAUGUGAUUCAUCAGACCAGUCCACCUUCUUCCGUUGCUCCAUUGUCAAGUUCUGAUGCUCUUGUGCCCAUUAUAGGCGCUUUCGGUGGUGGACAGAGGUCAGCAUGGGCACUCUGGCUGGUCUGCAGCUACACAGCGAGCUGCAAUGCACUGUGUGUUCUGACACCUUUCUAUCAUAGCCAGCAUUAACCUUUUCAGCAAUUUGUGCUACAAUAGUUCUUCUGUGAGAUCGGACCAGAUGGGCUAGCCUUUGCUCCCUACACGCAUCAAUGAGCCUUGGGCACACAUGACCCUGUCGCCAGUUCACCGGUUGUCCUUGCUUGGACCACUUUUGUUAGAACCCAUGGAAGGAUAUCUGUGAGAAUGAAUCUUGGUGCCUAAAGCUGGACUCCUGCUUUGGGGGAAUGGUCCACUAGAAAGAGUCUGUCAUGCUGAACAUGUCUGAAGACCGGAUCAACUGCACCAUCGACCACAAAAUUCACCAGAACCUCUUUUCUGGCACCUACAUCCUGGCCUUACUGGUGGGAUUUCCUACCAAUGCCUACUCUCUCUACCAUGCCUGGCUGCAGCUGAGGGCUCGCAAUGAGCUGGGGGUCUACCUGCUUAACCUGACUGUGUCUGACCUUCUGUAUCUGGCCUCUCUGCCUGUCUGGCUGCAGUACAUCUUUUACGGAGAUGACUGGGUAUACAGUGAGUGGGCCUGCAAAGUGUGUGGCUUCCUCCUCUAUGACAACAUCUACAUCAGCAUCGGCUUCCUGUGCUGUAUCUCAAUAGACCGUUACCUGGCUGUAGUCUACCCCCUCCGCUUCUCCGCACUCCGCACCAUGAAAGCAGCAGCACUGGUCAGUGCCGUAGUGUGGAUCAAGGAACUUGCUGUAGGUAUUGUCUUUUUCCAGCACAAGGAGCUAAGCCUAGAUAAGUCUAACCAUUUGGUGUGCUUUGAGCACUAUCCCAUGCAGAAAUGGGAGCGCUCCAUAAACUACUACCGAUUCUAUGUGGGCUUCCUGUUUCCAUUAGGAAUCCUUUCUGUCUCAUACUUUCGGGUCCUUCGGGCUGUAGGCAAGAGUGCAGGCACGCAGACGGCCCAGAAAAAACGCAUCAAAAACCUGGUCACCAUCACCAUCAUCAUCUUCCUGGUGUGCUUUUCACCAUACCACAUCUUUCUGCUGGUGCGGACGCUCCUGGAGACCGAGUGCUCUUUCGUUGAGAAGAUUUUUGACUAUUACCACUUCUCGCUCCUGCUCACAACUUUGAAUUGUGUGGCUGACCCAGCACUUUAUUGCUUUGUCAGCGAAGGUGUACAGCACAGCAUCCAACAAGCUGCAGAGGCUUGUGCCCACGUUCUCUGCUGCUGCUCUAAAUGCGAGAGCAGCUACAACACAGACUCCGUCGAUGCAGUAACACCUAAUGACAAUGGCACAAGCAUCUCUGUGGUCAAACUUCUGCAACAAACCAAAGUGGAACUGUGAAGUUUGUGGGGGUUUUUUUAAUGAACUUUCUGUUGAACUGUGCGUUGACCAAUUGCCAAAGCAUGUUAGUUCUGUGUUUAUUUGUCUUCAUUCCAUCUUUAUGAUUAAAAGAAAUGCUGUAUACUUCGCUACUGCCUUGUCUAGGCUAUAUGCUUGAUUUUUUUUUAUGCUUUUGUAAUGAUGUGUAAUUCUCAGGGACCUUCACUGAUGGUUGACAUCUGAGUCUUGAAGGAAUAAUUAGAUUUUAAAAGGCCAGACCAAGCCAGUUGAUUAAGCCUAUGGAGUUUCUUCACUGUGAGUAAAGUAAACUGUUCUUUUCUCAGCAGAAAGAAAAUGGAAGACACAGUUUCUCAUUCACAAUAUGUUUACAGUAUAGUACAUACUACCUGUUAAUGUACGUUUUAAAAUAUAUGCAUUGUAUUCUGUGUAUGCAAGACAUUUGUGUAUAUUCUCUCUUUUUCAUACAGUUUCUAUAUGUUCAGAGA